CGGUCACGCAGUGGUUUCGGUAGGUUACGGUUGAGGACUCAAACACAACAGACUAACACCACAGCUUCAGACACUGCGUGAGUUGUUUUUGUGGAACAUCUGACAGCAACAUUGUUUCAACAACUUUUCGUUCACGGGUAGCUUCGCCUUUACAUGUGUCAUUACGGUAGAGACCCGGCUCAACGCGGAAGCGCCUCAGCUGAAUGUUGUCAUUGUUGUACGUACAGUCAUGACUUUUCGUAACGUUUCCAAAGAAGCGCUGGUUGGAUCGGUGGCGCUUGGGGUCGUUUUUGUCACUGGUUAUUUCUUCGGGAAAAAGAAAUCUUUCACAAUGAUCUCCAAAAGUCACUGCGGAGCAAAAGACAACCCACUGAUGCAGUAUGUCCUCAAUCACUCCUUGAGGGAACAUCCAUCACUCAAAAACCUCAGGAUGAGGACUAUGGAACAUCCAUGGUGUAUCAUGAUGGUCGCCUGUGAGCAGGCGCAGUUGAUGGCCAAUCUGGCAAAGCUAAUAAAAGCUAAGAAAGCUUUAGAGAUUGGAGUAUACACUGGGUACAAUACACUAAACAUGGCACUGGCUUUACCUGACGAUGGUGUUGUGGUGGCAUGUGACAUCAGCGAUGAAUACGCCAACGUUGGCAGACCGUACUGGAUAGAAGCUGGAGUUGAGCAAAAGAUUGACCUACGCAUACAACCAGCACUGAAAACUCUAGGUGACCUCCUGGCUGCUGGACAAGCCGGAACAUUUGAUUUCGUCUUCAUUGAUGCAGACAAAGAGAACUAUGACAACUACUAUGAGAAGUCUCUGCAGCUGUUGAGGAAAGGAGGCAUCAUCGCUGUUGACAACGUGCUGUGGGGAGGGAGAGUGCUGAAUCCAUCCCCUGACGACAAAAGCACCGUAGCCAUCGACAAGCUGAACAAGAAGCUGCACAAAGACGCUCGCAUCAGCUUGAGCAUGAUCACAGUAGGAGAUGGACUCACGCUGGCUUUUAAACUGUAGGAUUAUUCUUCCACAAAUUAUUUUACACGGUGAAAAAACGGAGAGUACCCUUGUACUCUGGACAACUGUUGGUUUAUUUGUGUAACAAUAAACACUACUCCUGUCAUCUAU